AAACUCUUAAGUUGUUAGCUAUCUUCGAAACUUACGAUGUGUGGUUGCAGCUUGAUGAUCUUUGAUGAUCUAAAGUGCAGCUGUGGUUCGCAAGCCGAACCUACCUGGCCUGCAAGGCGCCUCACGUCAGGCCAAUGUAGCCUCCUAUCUUCCUCACUACAAGCAACUUCUACAGUCUUAGAACUCAUCCCUCUUUAGGAGAAAGCCAUGUCUUCUCCCAUAUCUUCCCUCUGCCCCGCCUUCCCACCAGAUUUGGCAACAAGCCAUACAACUCCGCAUCUUGACGUUAAGGUGUGCCCUCUACCGUUUCGGUCUCUAUGCCUGCUAGUAAAACAUUACCAUUGAUCUUUCUCAACGCACACAUUUCACGAUGGAGACCCCCGAGAGACCAGCUCCACCUUAUUAUAACGCACUGCCAUUCCCAAGACGACCUUAUCACGCCUUCUCUACUCAACGUCUGCAAGGAGUCCCGAGAAUCGAUGGCAGUAUACUGGUAUAAAAAGUUCGCUGUUGAAAAUCAAAAGGGGCAGAGAGACGUGUGGUGGAAUCCAGCAAUCGAUAUCAUCUCGGUGCCCGAAGGCCUUCAAUGGGAACCCUGGAAGCGAUGUGUGGACGUCUGCACAAAGCAGUUUCCCCUGGAGACUGAAAGAGACCCAUCAUCAUGCUUUGGAUUGCUGCUGUUUGCAGUGGAGGAAAGGGUUUCGCUGCCGGGUCGAGCCUUGUGAGAGAAUAUUCCCAUUCAAAAGGGUAGGGAGUUGAUUAGGUAUUUGGGGGAUUUGUGGAAUCGCCGACAGGGGGUUGUUAAGGAUUUGAACAGACUUUUAACGAGGGCGAAGGAGGUUCUGUUGAUAGACGCAGUGGUUGGAUUACGGAGUAUUUGGCACUCCAGGUAUGGGGACCCCCCGAGAAGAUAUGAGACUCCACGCUCGAUAACUUGGCUUUCACUAUGAAAAUGGAAAAGGCUACUCUAACUUUGGAGAAGGAAGAACUAAUAUAUGAUAGAGGGAACGAAAAAGAUCUAUUUUACGCUUUAUAUAAGACGAGUUGAACAUCAUUCUUAGAAAAUUGCUUG